AUUUUAUUUAUUUAAAAAAACCCAAUGAAUGGGGCAUGAGAAAUUGAGAAUGAUGAAUCUGCCAAGUGGUCCUUUCUCUUUCUUUCUCCAACGCAACGCUUUCUUCUUACCGAUAAUCUCGGGUCCUUCAGUUGUCUCUCUCUCACUCCCUCCACUCUCACAACACCUUCAGAUUCGUUUUAAUUUCAGGAGUAGGAAUUGAUGUGAAUUGUCUUCUGGCGAGGCGUUGGUUCCUUGAUUUUUAUGGGUGGCAAAAAUAGAUUAUUGGUGAAAUAGGCUACACAAGACAGCAGGUUUCCGGGGUUAGUAAAAUGGAUAAUACAAGGUGUUGGUUUAAUAGGUUCAAGUCAAAAGAUAAAGUGCCGUCUACAAAACAUAAGGAUACUAUGAGCACCGGAAAAGAAGGGUCAAGACCUCCAACAAACGAAGAAGCACCUUCCAGUGCAACCAAACAGAAGGUUGCAGCUGCGAAACAGUUCAUAGAAAACCAUUAUAAAAAGCAGAUGAAGGAUCUGCAGGAGAGGAAGGAACGACGGAAUAUGCUUGAAAAGAAAUUGGCUGAUGCUGAAGUCUCCGAGGAAGAGCAGAACAACCUGCUUAAGUAUUUUGAGAAAAAGGAGAGGGAAUACAUGCGCCUUCAGAGGCAUAAGAUGGGGGCUGAUGAUUUUGAACCCCUGACUAUGAUAGGGAAGGGUGCAUUUGGAGAGGUCAGGAUCUGCCGUGAGAAAGCAACUGGUCAUGUAUAUGCUAUGAAGAAACUCAAGAAAUCAGAGAUGCUUCGCAGAGGGCAGGUUGAACAUGUUAAAGCCGAGAGGAACUUACUUGCAGAAGUUGACAGCAAUUGCAUUGUAAAGCUUUAUUAUUCCUUUCAAGAUGAAGAGUACUUAUAUCUCAUCAUGGAGUAUCUACCUGGUGGUGAUAUGAUGACGCUGCUCAUGCGGAAGGAUAUACUGACAGAAGACGAGGCAAGGUUCUAUGUAGGAGAGACUGUCCUUGCUAUCGAGUCUAUUCAUAAACAUAAUUAUAUUCAUCGGGAUAUCAAGCCCGACAAUUUGCUGCUGGAUAGAAAUGGUCACAUGAAAUUAUCAGAUUUUGGAUUAUGUAAACCACUAGACUGCAGUAAUCUUCAGGAAACGGAUUUCUCUAUGGGAAAUAACAGAAGUGGUGCCCUUCGGAGUGAUGGACGUCCUGUGGCUCCUAAAAGAACUCAACAAGAGCAACUGCAGCAUUGGCAGAAAAAUAGGCGAACGCUUGCCUAUUCUACGGUUGGAACACCUGACUAUAUUGCCCCUGAGGUUUUACUGAAGAAAGGAUAUGGCAUGGAAUGUGAUUGGUGGUCUCUGGGAGCUAUAAUGUAUGAAAUGCUGGUGGGGUAUCCACCCUUCUAUUCCGAUGAACCGAUGUUGACUUGUAGAAAGAUAGUAAAUUGGAGAACUCAUUUAAAAUUUCCAGAAGAAGCUAAACUCUCGCCUGAGGCAAUAGAUCUUAUUAGUCGACUUCUAUGUAAUGUGGAACAGAGGCUUGGAACCAAAGGAGCCUAUGAAAUAAAGGCUCACCCAUGGUUCAAAGGUAUUGAGUGGGACAAGUUGUACCAAAUGAAAGCUGCUUUUAUUCCUGAGGUCAAUGGUGAAUUAGAUACUCAAAAUUUUGAAAAGUUUGAGGAGGGCGAUAACCAAACUCAACCUUCCUCAAAAUCAGGCCCAUGGAGAAAGAUGCUGUCAUCUAAGGACAUUAACUUCGUCGGCUACACAUAUAAGAACUAUGAAAUUGUGAAUGAUGAUCAACUACCUGGAAUUGCUGAGUUGAAGAAGAAGAACACAAAAACUAAAAGGCCAUCAAUUAGGACCCUAUUUGAUGACGAAUCAGCUAUGGCUGCGAAUCAACCUGGCCAAGGGAGCUUCUUAAAACUCUUACCUAGUCAACCAGAGGUUCCUGAGAAGAGUGAAUACCAAUGACCUACCCAACAAGAGGAUGGCCAUUGAAAAUGAAGGUAAGAUGGGGUUGAACACUUUUCGUUUUUUUCCCUUAAAUACAAAUUUUUUUUGGUUAAUUUGGUGUGGAUGAUAGUUUUGGAGCAAAAAAAGCCCUGAAAGUUUGUGGUUUUUUUGGAUAGCUGGGAUUUUAGGGGAGGGAUUUACUGGGGUAUUUGAUUGUGUAGAAAAAAAAGGUAUCUUUUUAGGUAUAUAUACCAAUCUAUAUAUAUUCUUUUACAUUUUUGGUUGGUGGCGUAUUCUUUUGUUCACCAUUUAUCAAGUUGCAAUGUGUUAAAUAUCCAAGGUAUUUUUUUUUCUUGUAAUUUAUAUACAGUUCAAGUGCACACCACACCCUCUUUUAGUGCCAUGUAGAGAGAGAUUCAUUAGUUUGUAUGGUAAUAUUUUCUUUGUUUGAA